UGUUUCUAAAUACUUGUUGUUGGAAAAAACUAGACUAUAUUUUUCUAACAACAAAUAUUAUGAUACAGAGGAAGUAGAUGAUUGGGGGUUUGGUAUAGACAGCAGGUGUCUAAACCAAUGUACAUGGAAAGAGAGAGAGAUAGAUAGGCGGGGCGCACCAGUGUUGUCGGUGUUUGGCUGCAGGCAACCCAAAGAAUUCUAGGCAGCUCCACUCCUCGACAUGCCGGACGCGUCACACUGACCAGCUCGAUGGAUAAGCCUGAACCGCUCCCUCUUGCUGCUGUCAUUGUUGGCCAGUGCGAAGAGCGGGAAGACAUGGCGGCGUCGGAGCUACACUUCUUGCUGGUGCCGCUGGUGGCGCAGGGCCACAUCAUCCCCAUGGUGGACCUGGCACGCCUCCUCGCCGCUCUGGGGCCGCGCGUCACCGUCGUCACCACGCCUGUCAACGCCGCGCGGAACAGGGCCACGGUCGACGGCGCCAGGAGGGCGGGCCUUGCCGUCGAGCUCGUGGAGCUCCCCUUCCCCGCCCGGCAGCUGGGGCUGCCGGAGGGGCUGGAGAACCUCGACCAGCUACUAGACAACGUCAGCAGUACCAUGUACCUCGCCUUCUUCAAGGCCAUCUGGAAGAUGGCGGAGCCGCUGCAGGAGUACGUCCGUGCGCUGCCGUGCCGGCCGGACGGCCUCAUCGCCGACUCGUGCAACCCGUGGACGGCGGGCGUUUGCACGGAGCUCGGCAUCCCGAGGCUGGUACUGCACUGCCCAUCCGCCUAUUUCCUCCUCGCCGUGCACAACCUGUCCACGCACGGCGUGUACGACCGCGUCGGCGACGACGAGAUGGAGCCGUUCGAGGUGCCGGACUUCCCAGUGCGGGCCGUCGGGAACACGGCCACGUUCCGGGGCUUCUUCCAGCACCCCGGCGCGGAGAAGGAGCAGCGCGACGUUCUCGACGCCGAGGCCACCGCCGAUGGCCUGCUGCUCAACACGUUCCGCGGCGUCGAGGGCAUCUUCGUCGACGCGUACGCGGCGGCGCUCGGCAAGAGGACGUGGGCCAUCGGGCCGACGUGCGCCUCCGGCAUCUUGGAUAAAGACGCCGACGCCAUGGCCAGCCGCGGCAACCGCGCCGACGUCGAUGUCAGCCACGUCGUCUCAUGGCUCGACGCCCGGCCACCGGCGUCCGUGCUGUACAUCAGCUUCGGCAGCAUCGCACAGCUGCCAGCGAAGCAGCUCGCCGAGCUCGCGAGCGGCAUCGAGGCGUCGGGGCGGCCGUUCGUCUGGGCCAUCAAAAGGGCCAAGACCGACCUCGCCGUGAAGGCGCUGCUCGACGACGAGGGGUUCGUGUCGCGCGUCGAGGGAAGGGGCCUCCUCGUGCGCGGGUGGGCGCCGCAGGUGACCAUCCUGUCGCACCCGGCGGUGGGCGGCUUUCUCACGCACUGCGGCUGGAACGCGACGCUGGAGGCCAUCUCCCACGGCGUGCCGGCGCUGACGUGGCCCUGCUUCGCCGACCAGUUCUGCAGCGAGCGGUUGCUCGUGGACGUGCUCCGCAUAGGCGUCAGGUCCGGCGUCAAGGUGCCCGCCAAGAACGUCCCCGGCGUCCAGGUGCGGAGCGGCGACGUACAAGAGGCCAUUGCCCAGCUGAUGGACGGCGGGGCCGAGGGGAUGGCGAGGAGGUCCAGAGCCAAGGAGGUCGCUGCGGAGGCGAGAGCGGCCAUGGGGGAAGGCGGGUCGUCCAACUCCGACCUGGUAGACAUGAUCCGCUACGUCUCGGAGCUGUCGAGGAAAGGGAGGCACGAGAGGGACGGAAGCUCGAUGACCCUGCCUUUCGCGGCGGCAGAGCUCCGAAGCAACGACGGCGAGAAGAUCGAAGCCGGUGCUGCAUUGUCACUACAGUCCUAAGCUCUAGUAUAACUCAUUAUCGGAUUGCAAAGCUAGUAUUUUAGGUAACGAGAAAAUUGGAUAUUUACCACUUUGAA